GGGGAUAGCAUCCGAAAUUUAAAUAGUUGCAAGAUUUCUUUAUUUUCCAUUUCUUGAUUUUAUUGGAAUCCUCGCCGUGUCUUCGCCCUCGAGCAACCUGCUCGACUGAUUGUUAGCACAGGGAGGUAUUGUAUCUGGCUCGAACAUCCAUCCGCAGCAAUUCAACCUACAGUACCUCCGCGGUGCAACGAAAGCACCUCCAUCCACCACAUGUAUCGCCAUUCUCGAUUGCCCUCAUAGCCUUGCCCCCUAUACCAUGUCCUCCUCUCGCGGACCGCCCACCCCACCCUCGCGCUCGACUUCGCGCGGGCCCUCAAUCAGCUCACCCAGCGUCCUGCAACACGCUCCCCUAACGCCCAGCGGCUUGCGCGAAACCCAUACGUUUGUCGGGUCUCCUGAAGAUACAACCGCGAUGCCCAGCGACACGGCGGAACGCGAAGGACGCACACGCGGAUUCGAAGAGGCGCGGAGGCAGCUUGCGGAUGAGAGGACAUCGCUGCUGAAGAAGCCGGUUGAGAUCGUGCUCCCGCCGGCGCAUGCGGGGCCUUGCAACCAUGGGACGUUCAGCCCGCGGGUCGAGAGUCCCAGCGGGAGCCUCUUGGGGGUUGGGGGCCCGCCACAGGGCAGCGAUGCGGAGGCCGGCAGCAGCAAGAGCAUGCUUUCGAGCUUCCUGGAGAAUGUGGGCUUGAAGAAUGGGGCGGGGAGGAAGAAGAUGAGUACCACGAGCUGGUUGGCGGAGAGGCAUGGCAUCACGAAUACCACUUCGAUGUACUUCUCUUAUUACAUUCCCUUCCUUGCGUGGAUUCGUCAAUACAGAUGGACACAUCUGCAAGGCGAUCUCGUAGCCGCCCUCACAAUGGCCUCUUUCUACCUCCCCAUGGCCCUCUCAUAUGCCUCAAAUCUUGCCCAUGUCCCGCCCAUACAUGGGCUCUACUCCUUCGUUUUCAACCCGCUUAUAUAUGCAAUCCUGGGAAGCUGUCCGCAGAUGGUGGUCGGUCCAGAGGCUGCAGGCAGUCUUCUCGUGGGGAGCGUGGUUAGAUCAAGUGUGGAUAGUGGAAGGACAGAGGAGGAUGGUGAGAUGCUCGCGGGAGUGGCUGGUGUCGUAACUGGCAUGGCAGGAGCCGCCAUUCUCCUGGCGGGUUUGGCACGGUUGGGCUUCUUGGAUAAUGUUCUCAGCAGACCGUUCCUGAGAGGAUUUAUCUCGGCCAUUGGGUUCGUUAUUAUGGUGGACCAGCUGAUCCCUGAAAUGGGUCUUGCUGAGCUUGCAGAGGAAACAGGAGCCAGCCACGGCAGCAGCAUCGAUAAGUUGCACUUUCUAUUCAAUAAUGCGCGGCACGCACAGAAAAUUACGUGUGCAGUUGCUGGUAUAAGCUUUCUGAUAAUCAUGGUUCUCAGGGAACUAAAACUUCGUCUCCAGCCUCGAUUUCCCAAGGUUGCAUACAUCCCAGAUCGCUUCCUCGUGGUCGUGCUAUCAGCUGUCUUGACAUGGCAGUUACGUUGGGAUCGAUACGGCCUGGAGAUUCUCGGCGAGAUCAAGUCGACCUCUGGGAAUCCCUUUCCCUUCCACUGGCCAUUCCGACUCUCGCACAUGAAGCAUAUCCGAGAGGCAAUGGGGACAUCAUUUAUGAUCGCCCUCCUUGGCUUCUUCGAGUCCUCGGUGGCGGCCAAGAGUCUCGGGGGCGAAGAAAGGAAGGAUGGGAUCCAAGGCAUCCAACUCAGUGCAAACCGAGAACUUGUUGCUCUCGGGGUCGCAAAUAUCGUGGGCUCUUGCUUCCGCGCUUUGCCGGCUUUUGGUGGCUAUGGAAGGAGUAAGGUAAAUGCAAGUACAGGAGGCAAGACACCCAUGAGCAGUGUAUUCUUGAGCAUCAUCACUAUCAUUUGCGUUGUUUUCCUCCUACCAGCAUUCCAUUACCUGCCUAAAGCCGUCCUCUCCUCCAUGAUUACUGUCGUAGCCUGGUCCUUGAUUGAAGAAGCUCCACACGACAUUGCAUUCUUCAUCCGCAUCCGGGGAUAUACGGAACUAGGUCUCAUGACCAUCAUCUUCGCAGCCACCAUCUUCUACUCCCUUACCCUUGGGAUCGCCAUCGGUGUCGGGCUCUCCCUCCUCUCAGUAAUCAAGCAUAGCACCCGACCCCGGAUCCAGAUCCUAGGGCGGAUUCCCGGCACCAACCGCUUCGAGAACGCAGAAGACAACCCCGACCAAGUCGAAUUCAUCGAAGGCUUCCUCAUCGUCAAGAUCCCCGAGCCCCUAACCUUCGCCAACACAGGCGACCUCAAGAACCGCCUCCGCCGCCUCGAGCUCUACGGCACCACCAACGCCCACCCAGCCCUGCCCCGCGUCCGCAGCCCCGAACACAACAAGACCAUCAUCUUCGACAUCCACGGCGUCACGGGCCUUGAUGGCUCCGGCACCCAAGUCCUCGAGGGCAUCGUCCGCGGCUACCGCGAUCGCGGCGUGCGCGUUUUCUUCAGCCGCUGCCCCGCUCCCGGAAGCCCCAUCUACGAGCUCAUGCGCCGCAGCGGCAUCCUAGAGAUCAUCGGCGGGCCGUCGCACAUGGUCGCGGAUGUCGGAGAGGCGCUGCGCCUCGCGGAGGUUGAGGAGGGCGGCGAGUAUGAGAAUUGGACUGGCGAUGAGAGUGGUGGUUGAGCGGGCAUGUCGCCGCGAGACGGCAUCAUGUAUAUUUUUUUAGUUUUUUAUUUACGGGUAUUGAGAUCUAGGUACAGCUUCAAUCAUGAAUAUAC